GGCUCUGGGUGGGGCCGUUGAGCUGGCCCGUCUGUCUGUCUGCCUGCCUGCCAGUCCUCUGCAGACUUCAGGAUUGGCUGCACAGCGGUCCUCAACACCAGCCACAGUAUACAGGCGGUCGAUGAAGGAUUAUUGUCCGUGCACGGCGUUUCACACUUCCAGCGCUGCAUGUUGCUGCUCUUCACUUUUUGCCUUUUUAUGAGGAAUGAACUAAGGUGCUUCUUCUACUGUCUUCUGAACCUACUGCUGAUUCUUCUAUGGACACAGAUUGAGGUGCAGCGUCCAGUGCAGAUAGAAUAAAACGGAGAGCGGAAGAUGCCAGCCCCACCUCCCCCACCACCGCCCGGGCCUCCCCCUCCUCCUACCUUCGCUGUUGCUAACACAGAAAAGCCAUCUCUAAACCGUUCAGAGCAGCAAGGACGGUGUGCUCUUUUGUCCGAUAUUAGUAAAGGCGCGAGACUAAAGAAAACUGUUACAAAUGACCGCAGUGGACCCAUAUUGGACAAACCCAAAGGAGGAGGAGGUGGAGGAGGAGGGGGAGGAGGAGGAGGAGGAGGUGGUGGAGGUGGAGGUGGUGGAUCUGCAGGAGGUUUAGGAGGCCUGUUUGCAGGGGGGAUGCCAAAGCUGAGGUCUGCAGGAAACAGAGACUCAUCUGACUCGGGACCGAGCCGAGGCCCCAUGCUCCCCCCAGGAGGCCGUCCUGGUGGCCACAGCCCUUUCGGUGGUGGCGGCAGCUCUCCUGGUCCACCCAAACUCCCAGGAGCCCCUGGUGGUGCCCGUAACAAUGUCCCUGAUAUUCCCAAAGGUCGCCCAAAUUUUUCACCCAGACAAGACUCCUCACCAGGGGGCCCUCCUCCUGUGCCCAACACCCCUAGACCUUCGCCGGGCUUCCCGUCUCGCGGGGGCCCAUCUCCGCCAUCACUCCCCGGAGGACCCAGACCCAGCCAUGCCUCCGUACCUCCACCACCUAGUGUUUCAUCAGGGAGGCACGGAGGUUUCCCUCCCCCACCAGGAGGCUCCCCAUCAGGGCCUCGGCCAGGCUUCUCCGCGCCUCCUCCUCCACCCCCAAAUAACAGCAGACCUCCCUUACCACCAGCUCCAGGAGGAAGGCCCCCGCUUCCCGACGACCGACCGCCACCACCCCCAGCGCCCGGAGGUGGUCAUCGGCCAUCUAUGCCCCGCGACAUGCCCCCACCUCCCCCCGCUCUCACCUCCAAACCUCCUCCCUCCUCAUCCUCUCGUCCCUCAGCUGGUGGCGGUGCACCGCCUCUCCCACCUGGACGACCAGGCCCUCCUCCUGUACCACCCAGCCCGACCGGGGGGGACGACCACAACACACCUCGUCUACCCCAGAGGAACAGCUCGCUCAACAGUCACGCUCCGACACCACAACACGCCAGGGGAGGACCUCUCCCCCCGCCACCAAAUGAAAGGCCGCCGGCUCUUGGAAGGAACCAGUCGUCAGUACGCUCAGGCCCCCUUCCUCCCCCGCCUCCUUCAGGUCGCAACGUGGGCGGGGGUAGUGUGAGGUCUUCGCCAGCUCCCGCUCCCGUUGGUCGGCCAGGCCCAGAACCUCCUCGUGGAGGACCUGGUGGUAGGCCUCCCUUACCUCCAGACCGGCCGGGGACUGGUGGAGGCUUUCCUCCUCCACCACCCAUGGGCAACGGUUUCCAAAACAACCACAACCAGAUACAAGAUGAAUGGGAAUAUAGGUUCAAUUUUCACCCAGUGUCAGACCUUCCUCCGCCUGAACCCUACGUGCCCUCCCAGAAAACCUACCCCAGCAAGAUCGCUAAGUCUGACGGCAAAGGUCCUGGUAAAAAAGAGAGAGGAGCUCCUCCUCUUCCUCCUAUACCCAGGUGAAGAAGAGGUACCAGCCAUCACAACACUUGGAACUACCCCCUCCUUUUCCCCCUCUGUCUCUCUCUCUUUCACGCUCAUUGUGCUUUGACCUGCAGCAUGUUUUUUGUUUUUUUAUGUAAGAACUGCAACAUGUAAAGUGGAAGUACGGUUGACCAAGUAAAUGGACAGAUUCACAAUGUUUUGUUUAAAACAUGUGCAGUAGAAUGGAAAUGCUUAAAGACCAAAGCCUGUUCAUACACCGGUACACUGUGUUCAGGAAAAAACAAAGUUUCAGGUUUACUUCCAUGCUGUUGCUGGAAGAUGUGUUUGGGUGGCCUUUGUGGAUUUUUGACUCUGAUCAUUUCUGUUUUAUGAACUUUGAUGCACAUUGUCUUUAAUCCACUAUUUUUCACUAUUUUCCCAUUAUUGUUUGUGGGGGAAAAUGCUUGCAAGAUACCACAUUUAUUCAACCAAAAUAAAAACAAAAAAAAAAUAUGUAUAUAAAUCUUUACUUGAUAAAUAUAGCCGGGAACACAUGUGACUUCCUCAGAUUGUUUACACAGGCAAGAUUAAGUUAAACAAAUUCAUCAUUUUGAGUAAUAUUGUAGUUCCAGGGUUUUUAUGGAGGAACAGUGCAGGGCUGAAUAUACACAUGUUUUUCAGGUGUUGAGAAGCUGUGAGGUUGUUGUUGUUUUAGUUUUGUUUUUAAGCCAGUGUCUCCCUUGUGCCUUUUGUAUUCACAUUUGUACUAAAGGCUGUUUAAGAGCUAAGGGAAAUUCGCCAUGGAUGCCUUGUGUGCCUUAAAUUAUGUUUUUAUGCUCCCCGAUUGUUCAGCUGGAUUGAACCUCAUGACGUCUCAGAACAUUUAGAAUAACAAUACAGAAAUGUGUCUUAAUUACAGCAUCAACACGUAAACAGACAAAAGAAUCUAACGGCCUCAAAUUUCCAUUAAAAACAUCAGGGGAAAAGUUUGUGUUUAAUUUGCCAAAGCCACAUGUGCCUUUACGACAUGGACCUGUGUGUUUCUGUUGGAACCACUGAACGGUACUUUUUAUUUGACUGUUACAUGGGAUGCGAGCGUGCAUUUAUUGAUUAUGAUUGUUUCAAAGGAUGUUUUUUGGGUUUACGGCAGCAUUGGUGUACAAUUGAACAGAUUAUGUUGCUGUUUUGUUAAAGCACCCUUGAUUUGCCAUGAGGGGGCUGUGUAUGUAUCUGUAUGAUCUAAUCAAGCGGUAAUGAAGGACGGUAUUAUUUUAAGUUAUGUUUCAGAACUGUGCAGUAUUAUGUUUUUGCUUCACACAGCACUGCUUUGAAUGGUAUGUUUACGUGGUGCAUUAUUGUCAUGUAUUAGUGUCCAAGAAUGACAUUUAAAAAAAAAGAAAAAAAAAAAGACAAUCAUGCAGAAGUAAACCCAUCUACCUAUGCCAGAAGAUGAAAUGCUUUACGUGCUCUACUUAAUGGGGUGCUUUUAUCGGAUCAUACAUUGUCAUGUAAUCUGAUACUGUCCGACACCGACAAGGACAGUGAAUUUUCUUGUCGGCAUCCACGUGAAGUGACUUGUUUUGUAUCAUCAGAUAUAUGCAUCAUUUACAUAUUUGUGCAAUAAAAUUGAGCAAUAAAUAUACAUGCAUGGUUGUGA